AUGACUGACGCAUCGUUUCCCCCUUCCGGUGGAGCUGCUGCUGCUGCUCGAGCUGCUCUCCUCACCAACACUUCCACCACUUCCACCACCUCCACCUCUUCCUCCUCCUCCUCCACUUACUACUACUCCAACCCUCCCAGCUUCUCUACCAUCCCCCGUCGUUCCUCCUACGCUUCGGUUCUGUCUGGGACAGCCGCCCUCUCCCCUUCGCCAAGCACCAGCAUCCACCAUAACGUAUACAACAGCCCUUUCUCACAUCUGACCCCCGCCUCCUUCUACUCCACCGCCUCUUAUCCCCCGCCGCCUUUUGCUCCCGACGCCCGCCUGCUGAGGCCCUCCGCCGCCGUGGAUGCCGAGAUGCAAAUGAACUCGCCCUGGAGGCCGUCCCCCGGCGAUUCUCUGCCUCCCUAUUCCCGCAAGUUCGCCAACCUCGCUCGUUUCGAUCCAUUUUCUCAUACCCCCGGUCACUUGGCCGACUCGGCCACGCCCUACUUCACCCCAUCCUAUCUCCGCAACUCCCGCUAUGUCUCCCGCCUCGAUGCCGCCCGUCGGGCCAAGAUCGCAGCCCACCGCGAUGGAGCUAUACCCUCGACCACGUCGAAUCCCAUCUCCACCACCUCUAGCCAGGCCAGUCUGCCCCGGAUUGCGCCCUCCCAUCGCGGGAUGACCUAUGAUAUUAUCGAGAGGGAACCCCCUGGCGACGACGACCACUUGCUACCGCUUCCAUCCCGAUGGAACGAUGAUGACAAGUAUUCGGGCCUGGAGCUCACGAAUGGAGGGCUGGAGGUCCGCUACAACGGGCCCGUCAACAAGCAUGAUCACGAGGCUGCCGCCGUCCGGGCGGAUAACCCCAUGCCCCCGCAGUGCGGAAUCUACUACUUUGAGAUCACCAUCAUAUCAAAACCCAAAGAGGGGAUGAUCGGAAUCGGAUUCUCAAGCAAGAAAGCUUCGGUCGAACGACUUCCGGGAUGGGAGCAGGAAUCCUGGGCUUAUCACGGCGAUGAUGGCAAGUCAUUCUUUGGAGAGAGCCAAGGGCAAGGACGACAAUACGGCCCGACCUUUGGGGCUAAUGACACUGUGGGAUGUGGCGUGAAUUUCUCCACCGGAUGUGCUUUCUUCACCAAGAAUGGCGGGUUCCUAGGGAAUGCAUUUCGGGAACUACGAAACCUGAAAGUCUACCCAUCAGUGGGCAUGAAAAAACAAUCGCCAGUCCAUCUGGCCGUGAACUUUGGGCAGCAGCCGUUCAUGUUCGACAUUGAUGACAUGGUCAAGCGUGAGAAGUCGUUGAUCCACACGGAGAUUGGUCUGACCAGCACGGCCAAUCUCCAGCCGCCGUUGGACGAAUCUGCCCUGCUUCAGGAGCUGGUGGCACAAUUUCUGGCCCACGAUGGCUAUGUCGAGACGGCUCGAGCGUUUGCCGAAGAAGUUGCUGCCGAGUCGUCGGCGCUAGAAAAUGGUCGGCAAGCGCCCUUGAAGAAGUAUGAGGUCGAGGAAGACGUUGAAGCGAUUAAUCGACAGAAAAUCCGAGCGGCCAUCCUGGAAGGAGACAUCGACAAGGCACUCAAGUAUACUAAUGCCUACUAUGCGAACGUGUUACAGACCUAUCCACAGAUCCAUUUCAAGCUACGGUGCCGCAAGUUCCUCGAGAUGAUGCGUCGCUGCAAUGAGCCGACGGCCACGAAGCGAGGCAAAUCCGUCAAUGGCCUGUCGGACAACAGCGCGGUGUUCGAUCAAGAAAUGGAAUUGGACGAGCAAGUCCAGGAGGGGGACGUGUACGAGGCUGAUGGCAUGGACAUGGAGGAACCAGAGACGACCGCGCGAUCCAACGAGCUGCUCACGGAGGCAGUGCAGUAUGGGCAGCAAUUGUUCCUGGACUAUCCUCCCGAGGAGCGAGGCGGGGACAGGAAGAUGCUAGAUGAUAUCUUUUCGCUGGUGGCCUACCCGGAUGCAAGACGGUCAGUACAUGGGCACUACCUGGACCCUGCGGGGCGGAUUGCGGUGGCAGAAGAGUUGAACUCGGCCAUUCUCGGUAUGGCAGUGUCACUGGGCAAGUCAUCGUCGGCGGCACUGGAGCGACUAUACCAGCAGACAGAGGUGCUGGUGAAUGAGAUCAGCGAAGAGGGCGGCGCUGGGGCGUUUAUCAAUGUGCCCCAUCAUCGCCCACCGGCCGCUAGUUGCCUGCCCUGCAUUCCCUCCCACUCGGCCUCCUCCGACACGGACUCCCCCCUCGCCCUCCGCUGCUGCUGUGGCCGUGACGAUUGCGCAUUCCUGCACCAUAACCAUGUCGCCCUCGAGGGGCUCGAGAAGGAUUUGGCAACCGCCGCGAGGCUGGGUCAGGCCCUACUCCACCGUCAUGAAUCCUACAUGGCCGAGGCCGAAGAGGACCGUCACCGGUUACUCGUCAGCAUCGAAAACCUAGAACGCGAAAAGCGGGAGGUUCAGGCCGAGAAUGCCCGCAUCAUCGAAGAGAACCGCGGCCUUUUAGAACAACUCGAAGGCCUCAACAAGGCCGUCACCGAUUCCGACUCGCACUCCAAGUCGCUUGCCGCCCGCCUCGAGAGCACCGAGGCGGAGCUGCGCAAACUCACCUUGUCGGCGGCCCGCGCCGCCGACCUCGAAGCGCAAUUGGCGCAGAUGGAAGUCGAACAAUCCAAGCUGCAGGAGAGCCUGCAGUCCGCACAGGAGGACUCCAAGUCGGCCGUCCAGCGCUGGAAGCAGGCCGAGUGCACCUUGCGUGACCUGCACGACCAGGUAGAUCGCAUUGAGAAGGAAGCCCGGGAGGAGCGGGACCGACAUGCAGAGCUGGUCCAACGCAUGGAGCGGCGGAGGACUGUGGAACGGGAGCUCGAUGGCGCCGCCGGUCGAUUGAAGGGAGCGGCAGCAGCUCACGAGCUGGGGCGUAACCGCGGCGGCGCGACGGUGGUCUCCCGCUUCGUCCGAGACAUCCUGCAGGACAAUGCCAACCUGCAGAUGGGCAUCAUGGAGCUGCGCGAGAUGCUGGAGAGCUCCAACCAGGAGGUUGAGAAUCUGCGGGAUCAGAUUCUUUCGCACCAGCCGUUGGCGUCCGAGGGUCAGGAGGCACGGCCAGCCACGACUCUGAGUCAGGAACUGGAGUCGAAGGAGUCGCGUCGGGUGUCACAGGAACUUCACAUUCAUCACCACUAUCACUCGCCCACGGCUUCGGCCGCGCCCAAGAAGGAAAGGGGCUCGCUCUUCCGUCGCUCCAAGAAAAGACGCUCGCUCGGCAGUGCUGCGGUUCUGCACUCGGCCUCGGGGACCCCCCUCGCUCGCAAGGCAAAUCACCGCUCCCAAUCCUCUGCUUCCUCCGCCUCCACGAUACUAUCACAAACCUCCGUCUCGAUUCCUCCAACGGCUCCUCACCGUUGGUCAAUACAGUCUCCUGUGUCGGACUCGAUGGCGAGCUCUCCUCAGUCGGCAUACCAGCCCUCAUCGAUCUUUGACCGGGUGGACCGCGGGUUUGAUUCUUCCCAGCCGACGAGCCCGGACAGCACGGUCUUCACUUCCCCGCUGCGGAGCGGCCGUUUCAGAAAGGCGCAAGUUGAUGCGGCUUAUCGGGCGCUGGAUGGGGAUGGCUUGGCUGCUGGCAGCGAUGAUGACAUGGUUCACGACUACUUCCAACGCCGAAGCAGUGCGGAAUACGUGGGCAGGGCUGCGAUGCAGUCUGUGAUUCCGGAGGAGAGGGAGGAUGCCCGAUCAAUGCACUAUGCGGAGUCCCAGCGGGCUGUAUCUCCUACAGUUCCGGAUGGCGUCUUCUCCUCGCCGUAUCGCGCUCCACGCCGCAGUGCCUCCCACGAAAGCCUCUUCUCCGUGGCCGGAAUGGACAUCCACACUCCCAGUCGUCGUCCGUCACGACUCAGCGACCUGCACUCCGGUGCCAUCCCAGUUCGCAUCCCUCGCCGGAUCAUGUCGUCCAGCGCCGACUUGUUCCCCACACCCCCAGUCAUUUCGACCAGCAUCGUCACUGCGGACCGAGAGCCCGCCAUGCUAUCCGACCAAUGUCCGCAAACGCUUCUUGCAUCGGUGGCGGGCAGCAGAAGCCAGACUCCGAUUGAGAACGACCCUGAAUCCUCCACUGCCUCCCGCAAACUCUCCUUAGGCCGACGCGUCGGCGGCUGGGUGCGCGGACACUGGGGCACAGCCCCAAUUUCGUCGAACGAGCAUAUCGCCGAGACGCCUACCAUGGCCUCGGACACACCCGCACCUCGACCCUCGUCGGCUGGCUCUAGGAAGAGCAGACACCGGCCCGAGCUGGCCCCUCUGCGCUUCCGGUAUCCGGGAGUGAACCAGAAGGGGCCGAUUAUGGGAUUCCGCCCGACGUCGCGUGUGCCGGUGUCGAUACAUGCGGAGCAAGUGGACGAGGGGUUACUCCGGGAGAGCCUCGCCGAUGCCCACUAG